CGAAAACUUAGGUACCACGAUAAUAAACAGGAUGAUUGACCCUGGGUCCAUGAGAUGCGUCAGGGACACGUGGGGACGGUGCAGACGAUUUGCAUCCGCGAGUCCAACAAGGUUCAACCGGGUGGUGUGAGAGGACAUUCGAGGUAGAGGUCGGUUAACCGGAGGGGUAUAUCGGUAUUUCCAGGAUAUGGGUGUCUGACUAGGGGUUAUUGAUCUGCAGAUGAGGUGACUAUAUAAGCAGCGCGUCCUCGCGAGUAUAAGGAGCACAUCAAAGCAUUUUAAUCCAUAAGAAUCCUCGUUCUUUUCCUCACACCAUCAUCCAGUCCGAGAAUAGUAACACCAUGGCAGUCGAUAACUUUGAUCUCUCCCCAGAGGUGACCAUCAUUGGUGCAGGGCCUUGUGGGUGUGCAUUUGCAGCCGACCUCGCGAGCCGUGGCAAGUCGGUGAUGCUGUACGGCCACCCCGACCAUCGCGGGGCCAUUCCCAUGAUUGAGAAGAAUGGUGGCUGGCUCAAGGCCAGCGGGGAAAUCAGUGGGACGUUUCAGGUCCAGACGACCAGCGAUUUCGAUGUCGCGGCCCGACACUCCGCGUUCCUGGUGAGCACUGUGCCCUCAUACGGACAGGAGACCAUCCUACAGGCCCUAAGCCCGUGCGACCUUCAACAUCACACCCUUAUCGUUAACGUCGGCAACUUCUUCUACCUCGCCUCCCGCCAGAAGAUCAAUCCCAAGAAUGUCCUCGAAACCGACAUCUCCCCAUAUGCCACCCGCAUCACGGGAGACACGGUCUUCGUCAAGGGGGUGAAGAAAAGCCUCGCCAUCUGGGCCGAGCCGCCCACCUCCGAGACCGAGGCCUCUUACUACAACCAAGCCGACGUGGACUUCCUCCACCAGGAAGUCGAGUCCAUCUUCUCGCAGCGCCUCGUGUGGUGCAAGAACCUGCUGGAAGUAGGCCUGAACAACAUCAACCCGGUCGUGCACUGCCCGGCGGCGCUCAUGAACGCAGGCUGGAUCGAAGCUACCCGAGGCGACUUCUUCUUCUACGCGCAGGGUAUGUCGCCCGCCGUGUCGCGCGUGACGGAGAAGAUCGACGGCGAGCGUUUGGCCAUCGCACGCGCUUACGGUCUCGACCUCGUCUCCAUCACCGACUACAUGAACCAGAACUACCGCCACGAUCAGGAGUUCAGCGACUACCAUGACUUUGCGCGCGGGUCCGUCAUCCACAACAAGACUAAGAGCGCGCCCACCUCCAUGAACCACCGCUACCUGCUCGAGGAUAUCCUGUUCGCCAUGGUACCGUGGUACGAGCUCGGCUUGAAGGCUGGUCUGUCGUCGCCGACUAUCCACUCGCUGAUCGAGCUGGCCUCUGUCGUCAGUGGGUUUGAUUACCUGACGCAUGGGAGGAGCUUGCGGGCGGCGGGCUUCGAGGAGUUGUCCAUGGAACAGAUCCUGUUGGCGCUAGGUGGACCGGCAGACAAUGCUGCAGCUGCUGUGCUUGCCCCGUUGUCGGACUCCCGCAUCAAUGGUAGGGUCAACGGGGUGGACUCGCAUGUCGCGUUGCCCAAGACUCAAGUGGUUGCUUGAGGUUGUCUGUUUAUUUCAUGUCGUUUACGUUUGUACAUACUUCAUACCUCUUGUUUGUUGAACUUCUUGUUAUAUAUUAUGUUCCCU